AUGUCGAGUCCGACCAUUGCCUUAUUCGAGACAGUAAGGCUGGAUUUGGUCCUACCACAAGCCAUGGAAGUUCCCGCCAUGAUCAGUGGCUAUUCACUGCUAUCUGUUCUGAUUGCGUCCUCUGUUGUCUUGUUAGCCUUCGUUCACCAACCAUUUGUGAUUGUGGUGCUUCGGAUAGUAAAGUUCUUUCGGGAACAGACAGCUAGAGAUAGUCAGUCCUGUAAUGACCUUGUUGAGCGAAUCAAAAAGGAUAGACAAGAGCUUGAGAUUCUGCGGAGUACUAAUACAAAGCUCCGUAAAGACGUCGAAAGAGCGGAGGCCAAGAUUUCAGCACAAGGAUCUAGAAUCAUUCAACAAGACGAACAGCAUGCGAAACGAGGUUCCCUGGUUCAAAGACUAGAGCAACAAUGCUCUCAGGGAAACAAAUGGCUGAAAGCUGAAAGAUCCAAAGCUAUGGGGAUGCAACAACAAUUCAACACAAUUCAACAGCAGAUUACCGCAGCCUCAAUGCGAGAGGCUAAUACCAACCAAGCAUACACGGCGACAUGUAAGCAGUUAUCAGCUACAGCGGGAGCUUUACAAGCCACACAAACGAGACUUGAAGAAACCCGGAAAUUCAUUAUCGACCUGCAACUCGAAAAUGAACUCCUCAAGAGUCCUAUGUCACCAGCACCACCCGUUACCAAAGCCAGCGAAUCUACCUUUUCAGCAUUGGCAUCUCCUUUCGUCCUUGUACUUGUCGAUGGAGAUGCAUACAUUUGGGCCGGCAAUCACUUCACUCAAAAUUUGCGACCAGCGGGCGCUCAUGCAGCGCAAGCGAUUAGACUCGAGGUGCAGCAAUACCUGCUUGCCAGUACUGAUCGAGCACCUUUACAAUCCAAAAUCGUUACAAGAGUGUUCCAUAAUGCACACGGACUAAGACAUCAGGAGGCACGUACACAGCAUGCAAGGCAUAGACUUUCUGACUUCGCUGUCGACUUCACUGAGAGUAUGCCCCUGUUUGAUUACACAGAUUGUGGUCGGGGUAAAGAGAGAGCAGAUUCCAAGAUUCAAGAAACCUUCCACCUGUUCAUCGCAAACCCUCAUUGUCACACUAUCUUCCUUGCUGCAGCAGUCGAUAAUGGCUUUGCAAGACUUCUCGAACAAUACGCUUCUGUCGAUGCUGCCAAGCAGAAAGUCGUGCUCGUACAUCCUGGUUACCUCAUUCACGAGAUCGCAGAGCUCAACUACCAGGCGGUAGAAUGGCCUUCGGUCUUUCAGCAUAGGUUAAUGCCGAUGGAUGCACAAACGAAAUUCGCUCACCAACAACAGCUUCGGAAUAAAGAUAUGCAGGUACAGAAAGCUGCUGCCAGCAGAGCUAUCACCCAAGGUGUUUUUGGUAUAUCAUCUGUGGACAUGAUCGAGUCCUCGAACAUCUACACUGGUGCUAGAAAGUUAGGCUGGAGGCCGUCAAGAGUCAUAGAAGGAGUUCGAGACGAAGGGCUUGUCGAGGAGAUUGACUAG